AUGAUCCCCGCCUUCACCCCCGGUCACCAGCCRCUGCCGGUCAGCCCCGAGUCGCAGCUGGCACUGCCCAUCCAGCCCAUCCCCUGCAAACCAGUGGAUUACCCGGUGCAGCUCCUGCACAGCCCCCCUCCUCCCACGCUGAAGAGACCCGCGGGCCCGGGCCACCUCCCGAUGCAGGAGACCUCACAGCCGCUGAACCUGACGGCCAAACCCAAAGGUUCCGAGCUCCCCAGUGCCUCCAGUUCGCCCAGUUUGAAGAUGGGCGGCUGCCAGUCGCUCACACCGAGCCAUGGGGCCACCAGGGAGCUGCAGGCCAGCCCGUCCAACCUCCCUCUGGGGUUCCUGGGAGAGGGCGAYGCCAUCACCAAAGCCAUCCACGACGCGCGGCAGCUGCUGCACGGCCACGGCGCCGCCAUCGAGGGGUCACUGAGCAGCCCCUACCGCAAGGAACACGUCGGGAUUGAUUCCUCCCCGGUGAAGGAGCGGAUGGAGGAGACCCCCGGCCACCGGCUGGACGAGGCUCUGCUGAGCUGCGAGAUGGAUGGAUCCCGGCACUUCCCCGAGUCCAGGAACAACAACCACAUCAAGCGGCCCAUGAACGCCUUCAUGGUGUGGGCCAAGGAUGAGCGCAGGAAGAUCCUGCAGGCRUUCCCGGACAUGCACAACUCCAGCAUCAGCAAAAUCCUGGGUGAGAGACCAGGGUGGGACUGCUCUGCAUCUCCUGGAGGGAUGGGAAUGAGAUCCCAGGUUGUCCAUGGGGUUGGUGCCCACCUGGCUCCCAUGGGGUGGGUGCCCCGUGCCCCCCAGGGAAUGUCCCCCCGGGUGGCCGAGAGAAGCACCCCGUCCCCUCGUCACCCCUCUGAGUGGCCACACCCCGUGUCCCGCAGGCCGCAGGGCAGCCAGGUGSCCCCCAGCUCCUCGGACGUGCUGUACCCGCGGCCGGUGGGCGUCCAGCUGCCCCCGCCCCUGCUGGAGCAUUACCUGCCCCGCAGCGUGGACCCCACCAUGCCCGUCAUCGUCAACACCCGCAGCCUCAAGGAUGGGGACGCCGGUGACGACGGGCACUCGGUGGCCGAGGGGGACGUGUACCGCUACAGCGAGGACGAGGACUCGGAGGGCGAGGACAAGAGUGACGGCGAGCUGGUGGUGCUGACGGACUGAGGGGGACACGGCGGGUGGCGGAGGGGGUGACAGGGCCGGCUGCCACCCCCGAGAGGUCACAAUGUGUCCCGGUGGGACGGGGCUCGGCCGCGGGAGAGCUGCCCACCCACAGAGGGGCCCCACGAGGGUGGGCGCCCGGAAUUUUGGGAGGUGCCAGGUGAUGAGGAUGCUGCUCUGGUGGCACGUGGAGGUGAGGCCACCCAGCCUGGAGAUUUGGGUGACGCGGCUGCUGUGCUGUCACCCCUGGAGGGGACCGGAGGGUGUUGGGGUGGCAGGAGAACCCCUGGAGCAUCUCCCAGCCCUGCAGCACCUGCGGGACCCAGAGAGCUUCAGCUGGCUUGGCAUGGGGACGGGCUGGGGACACGGAGUAGGGACAUUGGUGGGGACAUGG